AAUGUGAAAGAAUGUGAAAAUGCUUAAGUGUACUGUGAAAAAUUAUGCUUGUGAAAACUUGAAUAAAAAAUAAACAUUGCAGUAUCAAAAUGCACUCAUAAUUCAAAGUAAAGCAGCCUUAUUAUUUUAAUUUUGAAAGUGUUAUUCCAGUCACCGAGAAUGGAUAGCUUGUUAACUUGUGACCUGUAGGUUCAAUAAAAUUGUGAAUAGUAAAAAAAAGGUUAUUGCACAUAAUGGAGCAAGAGAUAGGAACAUGGGACUCCGUUCUGCUUGAAAAUCUUUCGGAGGACAGCUUUAUAAAUAACAUCCACCUUCGCUACAAACGUGACCACAUAUAUACAUACAUUGGAACAUCUGUUGUCGCGAUUAAUCCCUAUCAUCACAUAUCAGAACGAACGGCGGAUAUUAUUCGAAGUUAUGGCAGCAAAGGAAUCUUUCAGUUACCACCGCAUAUUUACGGUUUGGCUAAUUUGGCUUUUCAAUCACUUAAGGACCAAAGCGAAGAUCAGUGCAUUAUACUCACAGGUGAAAGUGGCGCUGGAAAAACGGAGUCAUUCAAAAUGAUUGUGAACUUUCUCACACAUAUUCAAGAUAAAACUACACCAGUACAACAGUUUAGGAAAGAGCCCUCAGGGAGCAAUGCUUACACCGGUUACGUUAACAUGCAUCGGCGUACAUCUAGCAAUUGUUCACCCGCAAAUAUUGCUUUAUCAAAAAAAUCUGACAGUGUCAUGACAAUAACAAACACUUCUCGGCGGCAGUCGCUUUCGCCCGGGCCAGGGCCACGACGUUGCAGCACGACAAAUGUAUCCGCACAACGCACUCGCGCUGAAAGUUCAGACCGCAGCCAAUCUCGGCGGAAUAUACGAGAGAAAAUUGUCGAUUUCGAUUUCUCCCAUCAUAAAAGUACUGAAAACAUUUCAUUUUUUGACGGUAAAGGAAAUUUUCAUGCUAUUGAUAAGCAUCCUUCAAAAUCUUGCUUCAAGCAUCAGCCAACACAAACGGGCCCUAUGGUCACUGCCACCCUUAUGAGUGCAAAUUUAGCCACUUCUAAGCGCCUGAAUAGCGUCCACCAUAGUGGACUUUCAUCCAGUGGAGGUUGUCGACAGUGUGGACAUAGCAAAUGUACACGCGCCUUAGCGCUGGAAAUAGACUCUCGAAAUUUGCCUUUUAAAAAUACCACCACACAAAGCUUUUUGGCGGGACCUUCUAGAGCCAUGCAUCGAGGUAGCUUCUGCAAUUUAUUACAUCAACACUCUAUGGAAAGCCAAACGGACCGUUCGACCUUGAUCGGUUCAACACAACGUAUAUCCCUCUAUGAGGCACACAAACAGAAUCAGUUGGCCACAACUUCUACUAUUAACCCAAGUAAUAUGGCGACUUGUGCACAAACUUCAUCAUCACUUUCACUCUCAGGAACAAUGAAUGUGCCAAACACAAGGUCACGUCGAAAGUCGCCUAGUCAAAGGCUGCGAGAAUGCGUCACCUGUGCCGAUGUUUUCCUUGAGGCUAUGGGAAACGCUGUGACUUUAAAGAACAGUAAUUCUAGUCGUUAUGGCAAACUGUUUGAUAUUGAAAUAGACUUCAAGGGCGAUCCGAUGGGCGUACAUAUAACACAUUACAUGUUGGAAAAGACUCGCAUUACCAAUACCAGUGUCGGGGAACGCAACUUUCAUAUUUUCUACCAGUUGCUGUUGGGAGCUGACUUACCGUUGUUAAAGUCCCUUAAGCUAUAUCGAAAUGUGGAAAAAUAUGAUAUUUUAAAAAACACAACUGCCAUUGAAGAAGAUCGCGAUAAUUUUCACUAUACAAAGAAAUCACUUGAGAUACUUGGUUUGUCGUGUGAUGAAAUUAUCGCCAUACUUCGUGUCAUUGCAAUCGUUUUAAAGUUAGGAAACUUCAUUUUUGUUCCGAUAACAAAUAUUGAUGGAACUGAAGGCUGUCAAAUAUCCAAUGUUUACGAAGUUCAAGAGACAGCGCACUUACUAAGUUUAGAAGCUCAAAUCUUAAUUAAUUGCCUUACUCGAGCUAAUUGCUCAAACAGCACUCUGGAAGAUGUGGGUUGCGAAUUAGACGCACGUCAAGCGGCCAAUACACGUAACACACUUUGUCGUACACUCUAUGGGAGGCUUUUUACUUGGUUGGUGAACAAGAUCAAUGAAACUCUAAAGUCUACACAGCGUGAGAAGAACUUAGCUUUACUAGAUUUUUACGGUUUCGAGUUGCUGGAAUACAACUCAUUCGAGCAGUUCGCAAUAAAUUACAGUGCCGAAAAGAUACACCAGAAUUUUGUUCAUAACGUGCUUAGGCUAGAGCAGGAAGGUUAUAUCCGUGAGGGACUUGAAUGGACGCGAGUGGACUUUUUUGACAAUGAGUCAAUUUGCGAACUAAUCGACAAGCCAAGUUACGGUAUUUUAAGCCUAAUUAAUGAACCACAUCUUAACAGCAACGAAGCGCUUUUGCUACGCAUUCAACAAUGUUGUGCGGGACAUCCGAAUUUCAUGACUGGCAGUCAAAAUUCAAUGUGUUUCAAAAUCCGCCAUUUUGCGAAUGUGGUGAGUUAUUCGAUACACCGAUUUCUGGAGAAAAAUUCCGACGUUCUGCCGAAGUUCGUUAGUGGAGCAUUGUACCAAAGUAAAUUGCCUCUAGUUCAAAGCCUGUUUCCAGAAGGCAAUCCACGGCGCCAAACAUCUCGCAAGCCAACCACCCUCAGUUCGAACGUUCGUACUCAACUGCAUACAUUAUUAGCCAUAAUCAAAAAUCGGCGUUCGCACUACGUAUUCUGUAUAAAACCGAAUGAGUGUAAACAGUCGCAUACGUUCGAUCUGGCUUUGGUGCAGCAUCAGGUGCGCUACAUGUCUUUAAUGCCAUUGGUACAUCUCUGUCGUACGGGGCAUUGCUUCCACUUGCCGCAUGCCAAAUUCUUCAACCGCUACAAAUUGUUAAAUAGCUCAACGUGGCCACAUUACCAUGGUGCUGGGAGUACUGACAGUGGCACUGGUUGCACUAUUGUGGAGGGUAUUGCGCUCAUCAUACGCAGCUUACCACUACCAGCGGCUGAAUUUACAAUCGGCACGAAAAACGUAUUUGUACGCAGCCCGCGCACCGAAUAUGAAUUGGAGCAAUUCCGAAGAGAGCGCAUCAAUGAAUUGGCCAUACUAAUACAAACUAUAUUUCGAAUGUACUUGGCACGAAAACGUUUUCUUCGAAUGCGGCAUAGCCAGAUUGUUAUAGCAAGCGCUUGGCGCACUUGGAGGGAAUGUCGCUUUAGCAUUCCUUUUAAAGGCCGAAAGCACCUAUGGAGUCUCUACCGCAGUGCGCGUAAGGAGUAUACCGUUAUGAAGUACAAGCGUCAAGUUAAUUGGGCUGUCGAUAUUAUAUCGAGGUAUUACCGCCAUUGGAAAGUUCGCCAAUAUUUGCUUACCAUACCAAUGCGAUUGCCGCCGAACACUUUAAGUCCGCUUUCGACAGACUGGCCGACGUCGCCCAAGUUUCUUGCCGAAACAUCUCGGUUGCUUCGAGUUAUCUACCAUCGCUGGAAAUGUUAUAUUUACCGCAGCUCUUUCGAUCAGACUUCACGUAAUCGAAUGCGCGAAAAAGUUACUGCCAGUAUUAUCUUUAAGGACCGGAAAGCAUCAUACUCGCGUAGCGUGGGUCAUCCGUUCGUGGGAGAUUAUGUGCGAUUACGGCAUAACCAGCAAUGGAAAAAAAUGUGCGUGGAAACCAAUGACCAAUAUGUAGUUUUUGCGGAUAUAAUUAAUAAAAUUACGCGCUCCAGUGGGAAGUUCGUGCCAAUAUUGCUGGUAUUAUCAACAUCAUCGCUACUUUUGCUGGACCAGCGCACAUUGCAGAUCAAAUACCGGGUGCCAGCAGCGGAGAUUUAUCGUAUGUCUCUCAGUCCAUAUCUGGACGAUGUCGCAGUAUUUCACGUCAAAGCGUCUGAAUUUGGGCGGAAAAAAGGAGAUUUCGUGUUUCAAACAGGACAUGUCAUCGAAAUUGUAACCAAGAUGUUUCUUGUCAUUCAAAAUGCCACAGGGAAACCACCAGAAAUACACAUUAGUACCGAAUUUGAAGCUAAUUUUGGCCAACAGACAAUUAUAUUCUCAUUUAAAUACAGUGGAAUGUCCGAUCUGGCCCAAUCCCAACCAAAAGUAACACGCAAAGCGAAUCGUAUGGAGAUUACUGUGUAAUCAUGUAUUAGAUUAGCUUAAGUGAAUGUUGUCGAAGUUUCAAAAGUGUUUUGAAACUGGGGUAAAAUAGAUUACCGAAGUGUUUCAACACAAUGUUAUAUUAUAGACUCUUCUUAAAUCGCUGACAAUCAGCUAAAACAAAAACAAAAGGAAAAACUGUUAUAAAUUAAAGUAGUCGUUUUAAAUUGAGUAUUUUAGAUGAAAGAGUUCACCAAAGAUUUAUUUUCUGCGAAAUUAUUAAAGAAAGCUACGUAAAAAGUAUACUCUUUGCAACAUGAUUUUUCUUGUUGAUGACGCUAAAUAAUAUAAUAUUUUUACAUAUUUGUGGAAAAGAGAAUUCGAUACUUUCGUGAAAGGAAAUACUUUUGGUAAUAUGAUUGAGUAAUUAAUAUAUGUAUGUGUGCUUGUGUAUAUUAAUUUCAAUAUUUUAUAGUUUAAAUUUCUCCCUUAUCUUGUUCUCGAAUUAAAUAUUGUAUUAUUAUAAUGGAAUAUGAGCGUAUUAAUUACCCUCGUUCUGGAAAACAAUUCGAUUUUGAAAUGGAUUUGGUGUAUAUAGUUCGACAUUGUAAACUUAAUCUUCUUUUUCAUUUUUUAUCUGCCUUAAAAAGCAUGAUUUUUUAUGAAAAGUUUUUAAUGGCUUAUAAACGGGCCUGCCGAUUACGUUUGGGAAGAAAACUAUGGUAGAUCGUCAUUCAAUUCAAUCUCGACAUGUUUAGUUAGGUGUUGUGUUGCCAUGAUAAUUUAACAUAUUAUGGUUAUUUGCAUUCAAUUGUUAACAGCCACGACAGUAUUGCACUCGGAGGAGUGGUGGUUUUACCUGCCGAUUUAAU